GGAGCUGCUCAGCUCAGUGGCUCCAGGGGCACAGCUCCGGGAAGCGGAGGCUACCGAGAGCAACCGGGCCACGCUGAGCAGCCCUAGCUAGUGUGUACUACUAGCAGCUCGGUAGCUCCUCCUCGAUCUUGCUCUACAACCAGUAACAAUGAGCUUGUUUCGCUAGCUCCUGUAUAUUUAAGGCUAUAAUAAGUAACACAACGCCGAUAGUCCAACAGAGAGAAAGGGGGUAAAAGGUGGAACGGAAGACCAGAAGAAGAGGCAAGACGCCUGUGAGCAGCGGCGGUGGAAGUAGUAGCGCGGCCAUGGAUGCCUACGAGGCGACCAAGGUGGUGUUCUCACGGAUCCAGGCACUGGACCCUGACCACGCCGCCAAGAUCAUGGGGUUCCUCCUCAUCCAGGACCACGGCGACAAGGAGAUGAUACGCCUCGCCUUCGGCCCCGAGGCGCUGCUCCAGAGCGUCAUUGCCCAGGCGCGCAAGGACCUCGCCCUCCUACCGGCGUCGUCUCCCACGGUGUCGGCGGCCGGCCACGCGCCGUUCCUGCUCUCGCGGCAGAGCUCCGGCCGCGGCGCCGCGCCGGCGCUGCCCGCGACCUCGCCGUCGUCGUGGGCGCAGGCGCAGCCGUUCUCGAGGAGUAAUAGCAUGAGCAAUGGCGCCGCGGAUGAGCUGCUCUGCGCUGGCGAGGAACUGAGCCCGGUGAACAGCGCAGGAGUCGCGGCGGCCGCGCCGCCCUUCUUUCCUCGCGGCGGGGACUCGCUCCUUGACGACUUUCAGCUGCAAGAGCAGCUCGCGUUCCUGCACGAAGGAGCCGGAGGCGUGAACCCCGGGCACGCUCUCCCGGUCUUCGAUGGAGCCGAGUGCUGGCCCAGCGGUGGUCCUGGUCACCGCCGGAGCGCGUCGGUAAACGAGCUCUUCCUCGGCGGGGGCGGUGGCGACGCCUUCGGUUGGAAACCUUGCCUUUACUACGCGCGGGGUUUCUGCAAGAACGGCAGCAGCUGCAGGUUCGUCCACGGCGGCCUCUCCGACGAUUUCGCGGUCGCCGGUAUGGACGCAGCCGCCGCCGAACAGCAGCAGUGCCAGGAUUUCCUCCCGCGCUCCAAGAGCCAGCACCUCGGGCCCGCCGCCUUCCCGUUCUCCCCCACCGGCCCUCUCCCAGGCUCGCCGUCCGCCACCAGCAAGUGCCUCAGCCUCCUGCUGCAGCAACAGCACAACGACAACCAGAGAGCCGCCGCGGCCGCGAUGAUGCUCGGCGGCGGUGAGGAGGCGCACAAGUUCAUGGGUCGGCCGCGUCUGGACCGCGCCGACUUCGCCAGCAUGAUGAACCCCGGAUCGCGCCAGAUUUACCUCACCUUCCCGGCCGACAGCACGUUCCGCGAGGAGGACGUCUCCAACUACUUCAGCAUCUACGGGCCGGUGCACGACGUGCGCAUUCCGUACCAGCAGAAGCGCAUGUUCGGGUUCGUCACCUUCGUGUACCCAGAGACGGUGAAGCUGAUCUUGGCCAAGGGCAACCCGCAUUUCAUCUGCGACGCCCGCGUGCUCGUCAAGCCCUACAAGGAGAAGGGCAAGGUCCCGGACAAGUACAGGAAGCAGCAGCAAGGUGAUUUCUGCUGCAUGUCGCCCCCGGGGCUAGACGCCAGGGACCCCUUCGAUUUUCACCAACUCGGUGCAAGGAUGCUGCAGCACUCCAACAGCGCUAAUGAGCUAAUGCUGCGGCGGAAGCUGGAGGAGCAGCAGCAGGCGGCGGAGCUGCAGCAGGCCAUUGAUCUCCACAGCCGCCGCCUUAUUGGCCUCCAGCUGCUCGACCUCAAAUCUUCUGCUGCUGCCCAUGCCGCAGAGACAACAACAAUUUCGCUACCCACGCCCAUCGCCAAUGGCUUCACCUCCGGCCCUCCCGGUGCCACCACCAUUGUUGAGUCGCCGCCCAGCUGUGGUGAGCAACUGAUGGCAAGCUAUGGCUCUCCACCGGAGGAGAAGGUUGUCAAUGGCGGCGGUAAGGCAGAAUCUGUACCCACAGUCGAGGCUACCCGCAAUGCUGGUAGCGACCAGAGUGCUGUUCACAACUUGCCUGACAGCCCGUUCGCUUCCUCUACCAAGUCGACCGCAUUUUCCACCGCGACCGCCGCGCCGGCCACCACCGGCGAGGGAGAUUUCGCCGGCGGUAGUGGCUGCAAUGUUGGUAGCAGCUCAGUCGGCGUCACCAGCCAUCUCCGGCCUCCCACGUUGGACAUACCGUCGCCAAGGACCUGCUUCUUCCCCAUGCCCAGGCUGUCCGAGCACGGGGCAAUCGGGAUGUAAAGCAAGUCCACAAUAGAAGUGGCUGAAACCCUCUCCAGAAAUCAUAGAAUAUAUGAAGCAAAGAAAGUGUUAGCGGAAUAUAGGGUAAAAAAAAAGGAGUGGAGCGUCAGCGUAGUGUUUUAGGAUGUUUAGCUCCCCUUUCUUUUCUCUUUUAAGCUUCUCACCUUUUUAGUGGAUAGCUCCAUUAAACAACACGAGAAGAAGAUGCCAUUAGCCUGAUGGAAGAAAAAAAAAGCAGCAGCAUAUGCAGAUAUGCAGUAUUGUGAUAUACUAUAUAUAUGAUAUAUAUAAAUAAUUCAGUGGCGCCUCUAAUUAUACUAGCGAAUAUAGUACUGUGUGGCAGUUAGCAGUUAUUUUGUUUACUACUGCCAUCAGACAAUUGAUGUUAGUAUUA